CCCCGCUUUAGAAAAGAAGGAAUUUCGCCCGCUGCUGCUGCUGCUGCUGUCAGAGGGUUGCGUGCAGGCAGACCUCUGCAAGUCGCCAGGGCCGGCCAGUAGCCCAGCGUCCGCCGGAGAGCAGAGACGGGCAGGAGGCGGCGGCGGCGCGUGAUUACGAGCACCCGCAGCAGCAGCUCCCGAGGUCAGGGGCGGACGGCAGAGCUGCGGGCGAGAUGGAGGCGGCGGUGGAGUGGUACUUCGCGCUCCCGCUGCUCUUCACAGUGCUGGCCGUCAUCCUCGCCUCGGUCUUUGUGAAGCUGAGAUCCUCGGCGGAGGACAAAGGUGUAGCAGAGAGAGCGGCGGCGGCGAAGCAAGAAGGCGAGGGACAGCCCCGAGCCGCGGAGACCCAAGCGAAGGCUGCAGCAGACCGGGAAGAGGGGACCGGAGGAGGGCGGGAGGACGGAGAGGGACCUCCGAGGACCGAAACGGGCGAGGAAGCAAAGGGCAAGGGGGAAAGGGUCCCGGAGGAAGACAUCGGGACUGAAGGGGAGGAGGACGAAAAGAAAGAGGAGCCUCGCGAGGGAGAGGAGGACGCUGCACCCCGGACUGCGCGCGCGGAAGCGCAGAGUCACCCUCCGGAGAUGAAGGCAGUUGCCGCCGCCGCCGCCGCCGCCUCUGCGUUUGUUGGUGCUGCCGUGGAGGGGGAAGAAGAGCCGGAGGACGACGAAGACGACGAGGGCGAGGAAGACGACGAGGAGAGCAAGGAGGAAGACCAAGAGUCAGAAACUGAGAAGCUGGUGGUGAGGGAACCCGAGUCUGAAAAUGUAGAUGAACAAUUCUCCUUUAAAUAUAGUCCUGGAAAACUGAGGGGAAACCAGUAUAAAACCUUGCUGACCAAAGAAGAACUUGAAGAGGAACAAAGGAUUGAGCUGACCUCUGACCUCACAUCCCUGUAGCAAGUACCUUAGGUCCUCGGCCACAAACAUUCUUGCAAAUCUUUUUGAACUGAAGACUAUAUGAAGUUAUCCCUAGACUCUUCCUAAGGCUUUUCCUUUGGCAUCUUUAAAGGCUUGAAAAAAACAAACCCCAAAAUAAAUCCAACCAGAUAUACGCAUACACAGCAGAAAACUAAAUAUCCCUUCACGAUAUGGGACUUUCUGUUUGCCUGCAGUGGAGUUCCUCUGAAUAAAUCAUAGUAAUACCAUGACUGGAAAGAAAUCAAUGUGUUCAGUUGCAAGAAUUCUGUGGGCUAGAGAAAGUGACUGUAAAAUGAUAUUUGAGGGUUCUGUUCUCGAAUGUGACAGUUAUACCCUUGAACAAAAUCAGGCACACACUGUUGUGUUAAGUCACCCCAUAUCUGCUUUAUCUGUAUCACAGUAGAUCCUUUCUAGAUAGCAUGGACAGAGAUUUGGUGGUGUCAGACCAGUCCAGCUGCUAUAUCUAGGUGUCUAGUCAUUCUCCAAUUCUGACCCAGGAUCAGAACUUUUCUAGUAGCUAUGAUGACUAUGCAUUGAGAUUUGAAACAUUGUAUAGGUUCCCUCUGCACCCUGGUGGAGAGAUGGUUUUUUUUCUAGCAUAUUCCAUUUAAUCUUGCUUGGUAGCCUUUCAGAGAAGAAAGUGUCCUCCAUUAUAAGUAGGAGAAGGUCCUGAGAAUUAAGAAUGGUUUAGUGUUAUAGUUUGUGACAGACUUUCAUUGCGAGGACUUGAGCUUCAUUAAUGCUCGACAGCCAGCGCUUCUAUUUACAUAAUAGCCCUUGCUCCUGUUCCCAAGGGGGACAUUUAAAUCCUGAUAUAAGCUUUCCCUUGGGUGAUAAAUGCCAAAUUUCUGGAACAGCAGCAUAUAUUCCUUUCAUUUUGUCCUACUACCACACUACCAUAACACUGUCCUCCUUUUGAGACUUCUGUUCGUGGCACUUUCCUCUUCCAGAUUUCUCUGUGUCUGAUUAUUAACCUGCACAGAUAAUGCAAUCUGUGGAGUCUUAAUGGUUACUAGGCUGAAGCCAUAAUUCCAAACAGACCAUAAAUGGUUUUCAGUAUGUCUUUUCUUCUGCAAAAGGAAAUAUGUUCAUAUUAUACUGAUGUUACUUCCUGCUUUGUAGGAUUACCAUUAUGUUUGGAAUUUCUCUGCCAUGUGCCUGUUUUUCCAUCAUGUUUUGAGAGCACAUCGCUUCCCAUCUAAUGGUUCAAACUCAUGCAGUCUUUAACAAGCAAAAUGUUAUGCAAUGUAUACUUGAAAUUGUUUAGUCAGUCAUUCUUUGGAACAUCUAGGUUUGGGAAAUACUUGUCUCUAGCAUAAUUUUUAAAAGGGCUUAUUUAGGAAGCAGCGGGAAGUUUUGGUUACAAAGAAGCGAAGCUUCUGUAUCUGUAUUCACUAGUAUAGUCCAGUGUGCAGUUGAAUGAUACACACACACACACACACACAAAUAUACAUACAUGAACUGGAGGCAGAGUGGCUGCUAGCCGGUAUUUCAACACUGAGUGUCUGGAUAAAUCCUGAAAUGCAAGUUUUUAUAUAUAAGGACAUUUGGCUUUGAAACAGCUAUUAGCAACCACUCUGCCUCCCAUUCAUGUUGUCUGACAGAUUCAGUGUUCCAAACACCAUUAACUAUGCAAAGAAUGCCUUAUAUUCAACCUAUUGUUUCUGUUACACAGCAAUACGCACGUUGUACAAGGGACAACAGUAGCUGAGCCCAGAUACUGCUGAUGGCAAAGAGCAAAGCAGUCUCCUCAAUAAUGACAAAAAUGGCUGUCUGGGUAUUUUUUACAUUUUUUUUCUAAAUGUGACAGUGGAUCUUAUACAGAGGACUGUAAUUUUUAGUGGCUUGAAAUGUAUAUUGCCAUUAUUCAGUCCAAUAAACUUUUAAGUAGUUUA